GCGUGGGACUCAUCUUGCCGCGCGCUUUGGUGAGCUCACUGACUUUUUGCUUUCGUGCGGCAUUGGGCCUGAGGCUUAUGACGGAGCCGCCCAGGAAAUCGUUAAGGAGAGGCCGCUCGUGCCCCACUCGCCCGAAAGCCCCGACUGCCUGCGGCCCUACCGUCCUUUGCAUUGUGUUGCGCGGGGAGGCGAACUGGGACAUCAGCCCCUACCGGACUACCUCCCCCCUGGCAUGCUUCUGGCUUACCGCGACCCGGUGCUGCUUGAGACUUUCCCUAGCACUGGCGGCCCCUCUCCCUCUUUUCAGCAUGAGGAUCCCCGCGAGGUCCUUAAGCUUUUGAAGGUCUGGGACGCAAAGCACCUCUUGACUUUGAGACCAGGCGUGCUCCCCGAUGUUCGGUGUGUCCGCGUUUUUGGCUCUUUCAAGAGCCCGGGGAAGUUUCGUCAGAUCGGCGAGCGCCGGGGUGCCAACAGCCUCGAGGCUCGCUUAGACGGCGUUUCUCACUUGUUGCCCCAGGGCUUCCUGCUAACCCGGCUGCACGUGCCGCGCUUUACGCACCAGCUGCUGGGCGGCAGCACCGACAGGAAGGACUUUUACACGCAAUGCCAGGUAUCACGGGAGCGAGCUUUUUCGAAUGCGGUGAAGCCCGCCUUUGUUUUGGGCGACUUUGCAGGCACCACGGCGCACGAGGAUUAUGUGAGGUGGGUCCAUGCUGAGUCUUGUUUGGACUGCUACCAGCGCUUCCUGCCUGAUGGUGCCCCUCGUGGCAAUGUGCACUUGAGGUCGGCUCUGCUGGCCCUCACGGCACCCGUGCAUGGAUGCUUCAACUCCCUGUUUCAAGGUGAUGCCGCAGGAGUGGAGCUGGCGACGGCUGCUCAUGCCGCCUUUCUUGAGGCAGCCCGGGUGCUUCCCUCCUUCGAAGGUGGUAGGCUGUUGGCAAGGCACACCGUGCAUCCUUCCGGGCCCUGGUCGGGCGUGGUGAUAGACGACCUCUUUUGCAUCAGCUGCGAGCCCACUGGCCUCGCAAACCCUCGCGCCUGUGACUCGGCUCGUGUGAUCGACUCGGCGAAGAGUGCCUACGAGAAGGCCGGGAUAAGAGGCAGCGACGAUAAGGACGUUUUCGGGGCGAGUGUCCUCACUGUUGCUGGGGCUGAAUGUGAUUCCAGCCCGGCCGCCGUCAAGGAGGGCCUUGUGACCAUAGGCUCGCCCCUCGAAAAGCGGCUGGCCUUAUCUCUGGUUUCCCUCCUGACUGCUACCCGCAGGUGUGUGAGUGAAGAGCUCUCCUCUAUGGUGGCUGGGGGUUGGGUUUCGGUGCUCAUGUUCCGCAGGUGCGCCAUGGCGGUUGCCGGCAGCAUUUUUGAGCAGCGUGUGGACCAGAUCACGGGAAACAGCGGCUCUCCCCUUGUCUGCCUCGGACCCUCAGCCCGUCAGGAACUGGUGUUGUUGGCGGUGCUGGCCCCGCUCCUUGCCUCCUGCGUUUCGGUCCCCUACGACCGGCGUCUCUUUGCCUCAGACGCAUCCCUCAAGAAAGGCGCCUACACCUACACGCGCCCCGACCUUCGAGUGGUUAAGGCACUUUGGCUCUCUUCGGAUUCGCGGGGCUUUUACACAAAGCUCGACGGGCCCUUGCGUGCCUCUCUGGCUGCCUUGGGGAUUAGUCCCCCUCACCUGUCGGAACAGAGUUCGCCGUGGAGCCUGAGCUCCCCCUUCCUUCGACGUUUCGUCAGCUCCCCCGCCCCUGCCGCGACCUCCUUGCCUCUUGGCGGGCCUGACUCUGUGCACCAAGCGAUGGACUUUGACGCCACGCUGGGCUAUUCUGGGGAAGGCCCUCUUCUCCCACGAGGACAGACAGACACCGAGCGCCAGACACGGCGCGCAGCCUCGGCACUGCCUUCUGGCAGAGCUGUGCUGCCACGAAUGCGUUCCAACCGAGCUCGGCUUCUUGGCCAGUUUGACACGUGGCUGGCUGAGCGUGGUUCGGACCUGUACGAGGCCGGGCGUCCCUAUGGGGACUACAGCGAGACUGUGAAUGCUAUUGGGGCUCUCUGCCCUAGCGUUGGGAGGAUUGGUGAGGCAACUUCAGCAAAGCGUGAGGAUCUAGUCCUCUCGGAGGAUGUUCUCGGUCUACAUGGCUAUGUUUUGCUGAGCAUAAAGGAGCCCAAGACGAGGUGCAGGGUUGCCCGCCAUCAGGCGGCAAAGCUGGAGCAGAGCGACUUGGUCUCCCUAGUCUGCUUGGCCUUUGGAGACUUGAAGAAGGAGGAGCGACUUUGGCCGAGGACGAACCAGACCUUGAGAGCUAGGCUUGAUAAGCUUCUGGACCGCUUGGGCGUAAGACCCACGGGUGGUCAGAGGCGAAUCGACCUCGGGUCAUUUAGACCCGGGGGUGCCACCCACUUGCUACAGGUUACAGAGGACAGCGAGCUGGUACGUCGCAGAGGGAGAUGGGUCUCUCCCAAAGUUAUGGAAAUCUACCUACAAGAGGUGUCAUCCAGACAGUUCCUGCCCAGCCAGCCUCCUCCGGUUCGUGCGAGCAUUUUGGAAUAUGCCAAGGCUUUUCCUCAAGUUUUAUCCAAAGCAAAGCAGUGGACGAGACAGAAAGUGCCUCCGGCUACGUGGUACUCACUUUUCUCCUCGAGCAGCUAG